UUGAAGGAAAAGAAUUUGCUCGCGUUCUACAUGCAUUUUUCUGAGCUCAGUCUGCAAUCAUUAAAUUUAUUGUUCACAAAACCUAAUUUUGGCUUGCGUGACAAUGUUUAAGCAGUAAUCUAACUUCCCCAGUGUCUGUGCCGUGUAUCGGCGAGUGAAAAAAGUUGGUGCAAAAAUCCGAAACAAAGAGAACAACAAAGGUGGACGAACCACACGUCCUCAAGGCGAACAAAAUGGACUUCUCACCGAGCCCAGACAGUGAUACUUCUGGCUACUAUAGAAAUCGCUGCCGACGUGAUGAGCGUGACCGGGGCAAUCGAGGAAGAUCGAAGGAGCGGUAUCGAAGUGCCGGUCGGUACAGUCGCAGCCGGUCGCGUUCGUACAGCAGGGAGCGUUACUCGUACCCACGGCAACGGAGCAACGAACGGGAGGCCUACCGGGAUGUGAACGAACAGCCGGGGUACGAUGAAGGCGGCUGGGACAGCCGUGAUCGGUACCGCGGGCGCAGUCGCGAGCGGGACCGUGAUCGUAGGUCCCGCGAGCGAGAUCGUUACCGUGAUCGCAGAGAUCGCGACAGAAGUGGUGGCCGUCGGGGUGGAUACUCACCCAGUUCCAUGGAUGAUGGGGAAAACUUUGACAGCGAGAAUGAAUUUUUCUAUCAACAAAAGCCCAACAAUAACAUCAUCAUCCGCGGACUGGCUCCACAAGUCACUGAAGCCGAUAUAAACAGCGAUCUGAUCCAAUGUGGUCUGCAGGCAUUGCACGUGCGUUUGAUCCGGAAGAGAAAGACAGGUGAAUCGAGGGGUUUCGCAUUUGUCGAGUUUCGCACAGAAGAGGAAGCAACUCGGUGGAUAUGUUACAAACAGGGCGUGUUGGUAUUCAAUGGGCAGCAUGCCAUCAUGCAGUACACCUUUUCCAUGCCGUCCAAGUUCCAAACCGAUUGGUACUGUGCUAAGUGCUACGCGUUCAACUUUAAGCGCAGGGAAAACUGCUUCAAAUGUCACGCAUCGCGCGAGGACAGCGAAAUCGGGGGCGAUGGCAGCGACGAGAUGAGCAACAUACUGACGAAGAAAAUCAUGCUGCGCAAUCUGGACGUGCUGACGAACGAGGAAAGCGUGCUGGGCGUGAUGCAGAAGAAGCUGCCGCCCGAGCUGGUGCCCAAGAUCGGCAAGGUGGUCAUCUGCCGCGAUCCGCUGACGUCGAUUUCGCGCGGCAUGUGCUAUCUGCACUUUGACAAUUUGGUCGACUCGAUGAACACGCACAACGCGCUGAAGGAGUUGGAUCCACCGCUACGGAUCGACAACCGCGAGGUGAUUGUUUCGUACUGCAUGGAUACGGAAAACCGCAAUCUGAUGAAGCCCCAGCAACAGUCGGCUCAACACCAGCAGCACCAGGGCAGGGAAGGCAACCAUCGGCAGGGAGCGGGCAAUCAAAACCAUCACCACCACCAUCAAGGAGGAGAUGGAAGGAAUGGUAAUGGUGGUGGUGGAAACGGUAACUUCCAAAGUGGAAACAAUUCGGGCUACCGUGGUGAUGGUGGAGGAAACGGCUACGAUCGCAGCAGCAGCAACAGCUACGGCCACCAUCACAAUUCCCAAGGCAUGCACAAGGGCUCCGGUCGGGGUGGUUCAGGCUAUCAGGACAGUGGGGCACAACCAGCGGGUCCGUCGGCUGGCGCCGCCGGUAUGACGGGCAUACCGGAGAACUAUACGCUCGCCGACGUGCCCCGUUUGGCCGAGUACAGUGCGUCGAUGUAUGCGUCGAAUGCGGCCGAACACGAGCACUAUCUGCAGUACUACACCGAGUACUACACGAACCAGCUGGCGAGUAUGGGCGGCGGACAGGCUGCGGCGGCGGCGGCGGCGGCGGCGGCGGCGGCAGGACCGCGCGGUACGGGCAGUGAAACAACGGCCAACAGUGGGGCCGCCGUCGCACAGUCGGCGAUGGCGCGAAAGCAGCAAAGCACCGGUCCCGGUCACAAUGCCCGGGCGGACAAAUCCGAUACGUACGGCACGACCGCGGCAGUCCAGUCCGGACCGCAGCUUCCCGUCCCUAAUGGUACGGACGGAAGGAAGUAUCCCACUCCGGAUACGUCACUGUAUCAGUACGACGAAACGUCCGGCUUUUACUACGAUCCCACCACCGGGCUGUACUACGAUGCCAACUCCCAGUACUAUUACAACAGCGAAACCAGCUCGUACCUUUACUGGGAUCCGGAGAAGCAAACGUACGUGGCCGCACCGGCAUCCUCCUCGGCAGCCAGCGGUGGAGGAACGUCCCUCCCGGCCAGUGGUUCGGAAAACAGCACCACCCAGCAGCAGCAGCAGCAGCAGCAUGCCACGCUCGCCGAAAGUGCGGAAAGGAUGGAAAAAUCGAAAGCGAAAGAGCAAGCCCCACCCCAGGACAAGGUGAAGGUGGCCAAAAAGAUCGUCAAAGACAUGGAGAAGUGGGCGAAGCAGUUGAACCAAAAGAAAGACUACAGUGUGAUACAACCGCCGGCCAGGAUCGAGGAGGCAACGCUCUACUCCUCGCUCGGACCGUCGAAACCACUGCCCGAACCGCUCGGUGGGCUUGGCAGCGGCGGGUACGCCGACGUUGGCUUUUCGUUGCUGGAAAAGAAGGAACGGGCAGCGGGUGCUGGCAGUAGCAUGAUGGGUGGAACCGCCACUACUAACUCCUCCUCUGCCUAUCCGGCUGCCAGUGGUGGUGUGACAAAAUCAAUCACCAGCGCCACGUCCGCGUACGGUGGUUCCGAUUCGGAGAACGACUACGGUGACGGUGGUGAUGGGUCGGCCGAGCGGGAACUGGUCGAUUUCGACCGGCUAACCUGUUUGCUCUGCAAGCGCGCAUUCCAGUCGCAGGAAAUUCUGAUGAAGCACGUCAAAAUGUCCUCGCUGCACAAGGAAAACCUGCAAAAGCUCAACGCCAACUUCCGCGCCGCCGGUGGUGGUUCGAGGGGAGGAGGAGGAGGAGGAGGCGGUGGCAGCAGUGACGGUGGUUCUGGUGGUCCGUACAGCGGGCUGCAGUACCGUGACCGUGCCAAGGAGCGGCGGGCCAAGUAUGGUGAGGACGAGGCGCCGCCGGUCAAUCGUAGCAAGGAGCGGUUCCAGCGCGAAAUCGAAAAGCAAACCCAAUCCCAAACGGGCGCAUACCCACAGGGUACGGCUUCGGCGGUGCCGAUCGGGCAGAACAACAUCGGCAACAAGCUGCUGCAAAAGAUGGGCUGGUCGGAGGGGCAGGGCCUGGGCCGAGCCAACCAGGGCCGGGUGAACAUCAUCGAGGCGGAGGCACGCGUGGCAAACGUUGGACUGGGCAUCAAAGCGAGCGCGGCGGCACAGUUCGGCCGCACCACGGACGAUUACAAAACGUACAUCAAGAAAAUGAUGAAAUCGCGCUACGAGCAGGUGGAUGUGAAGGACUGAACUGGAACUUCUUCACGAGCGCUAUAUCCUGCUCUUCGCCAAUUUAAUGUUAGUUUUGUGGUUAGAUAGCUGUAUGUCGCUUUUAUUCAUAUACAAUGUGGUUGCAAUGGUAAAGCCGGCGAGCGUGUUGGUUCGUGACGGGUGCGAUUACAUUCACAACCGGUACAGCCUUGUUUGUACAAAUCUUCCUUAAUAAGUUAAAAAAAAGUAACUUAAAUUGCCGUUGCUUUUCUACUGUUAGACGUGUUUUUUUAUUAUUAUUAUUUUACUUUAUUUUUCGAUGAAAAUACCGGUAGAAGAUGUGUUCCGUUUGUGGAAUUUGAAAUCCAUAAUCCAUUUUUAUCGAUAACUAGAGACAAGCUAGAUUAGCAUGUAGUGUAUUCCAAAUUUGGCAAUAAAAUAGCAAUAUUUGAAGAAAAUUA